CGGACUCGUGCCCUCCGGGGUGGCGCCCUGUGUUCUAAGGCUUCUUUCCACGCGCGUUUCUGCAUCUUUCUAAUCCGUGGGCACGUGAGGUCCGUUUUCUGUUUUUCUCCUGAUCGAUGAAGGGCGCCCUCACGGAGAUCAUCCAGCUUGCCACCCUGGAUUCGGACCCCUGGGUUCUCAUGGUAGCUGACAUUCUGAAGUCCUUUCCUGACACCGGAUCGCUUAACCUUGAUCUUGAAGAGCAGAAUCCCAACGUUCAGGAUAUUUUAGGAGAACUUAGAGAAAAGGUGAGUGAGUGUGAGGCGUCGGCCAUGCUCCCGCUGGAAUGCCAGUACCUGAACAAGAACGCCCUGACGACCCUCGCGGGGCCCCUCACCCCCCCAGUGAAGCACUUCCAGCUGAAGAGGAAGCCAAAGAGCGCCACGCUGAGGGCGGAGCUCCUGCAGAAGUCCACCGAGACCGCCCAGCAGCUGAAGAGGAGCGCGGGGGUACCCUUCCACGCCAAGGGCCGGGGGCUGCUCCGGAAGAUGGACACCACGACCCCGCUCAAAGGCAUCCCGAAGCAGGCACCCUUCCGGAGCCCCACUGCCCCCAGUGUCUUCAGCCCCACCGGGAACCGGACUCCCAUCCCGCCUUCCAGGACGCCCCUGCGGAAGGAGAGGGGCGUGAAGCUCCUUGACAUUUCUGAGCUGGAUAUGGUUGGUGCCGGCCGGGAGGCGAAGAGGAGGAGGAAGACGCUGGCAGACGCAGAAGUGGCGGAAAAGCCGGCCAAGGAGGAGACGGUCAUCGAGAACGCCACCCCCGACUAUGCAGCCGGCCUGGUAUCCACUCAGAAACUCGGGUCUUUGAACAAUGAGCCUGCGCUGCCCUCCACGAGCUACCUACCCGCCACGCCCAGUGUCGUCCCGGCGUCAUCCUAUGCCCCCAGCUCCGAGGCCCCGCCAGCCCCGUCUUCCCGGGAAGCCAGCCUGCAGGCCAGCCGGCCGCCUGAGGAGCCCAGCGCCGCGAGCCCGGCACUGCCCGCGCAGUUCAAGCAGAGGGCGCCCUUGUACAACAGCGGCCCAAGCCCUGCUGCACCCACACCCACUGCGCCCACCUCGCCCCUGACGCCCACCACGCCCCCAGCUGUCACCCCCCCCGCCCAGACACCUCCAGUGGCCAUGGUGGCCCCCCAGGCCCAGCCCCCCGCCCAGCAGCAGCCCAAGAAGAACCUGUCGCUCACGAGAGAGCAGAUGUUUGCCGCGCAGGAGAUGUUCAAGACGGCCAAUAAGGUCACGCGGCCCGAGAAGGCCCUCAUCUUGGGCUUCAUGGCCGGCUCCCGAGAGAAUCCCUGCCAGGAGCAGGGCGACGUGAUCCAGAUCAAGCUGAGCGAGCACACGGAGGACCUGCCCAAGUCGGACGGCCAGGGCAGCACCACCAUGCUGGUGGACACCGUCUUCGAGAUGAACUACGCCACGGGCCAGUGGACGCGCUUCAAGAAGUACAAGCCCAUGGCCAACGUGUCCUGAGGCCGCAGCCGCCCACGCUGCAGGCCCCGCCUCGGGGUUCGGACUUGUUUUCUAAGUUUUAGUAUGGGCUCCCUUUUGUGUGAUUUAAGACACUUUUUUGGAUUCAAUAUUACAUUUUUGAAUGUUAAACUUAGCCCAGAAAGCUGUAAUUUCCUAAUCUUAGGGACAGCUCUGACAGUUCGACUUCUUUUUUUAAUUUUCUUCUUAAAUUCCACUGGCCUUGAGGGAGGGCUCUUCCUUGCUCUUGCAGCCCCUGACCCAGGAGGCGAGGGCACCGUGGGCGGCACCGUGGGCGGCGCCCGGCGUGGCUGAGGACAGGUGGGGGUGGCGCCAGGGACGUCAGGCCGCGUCCCCCGCCUGCGGUCUUGUGCCUCUCGUACAGUCGUACGCAUUUAAGACCAGGCCUCGGGUACUUGUUUCCACUGUAAAGACUGUCUGAGUAAUUAAAGUUCAGCUUUUCUAAAGAAAGCA